AUGCUGUAUACUUUAGCGGGAGGGGGCACAAUCUGCGGUUUGGCUGCCCUGGUGCUUCUCAUUGUUUCUACGGCAACCGACUUUUGGAUGCAGUAUCGAUACUCAGGUAGCUCAGCCAAUCAGGGGCUUUGGAGGUUCUGCAUCAACCACAAAUGCCAUGCCCACACCAUUACUGUAGCCUUCUGGGACGCCACACGGGCCUUUAUGCUGCUGGCAGUGCUGAGCUGCUUCGCCGGCGUGGUGCUCGGCCUGAGCGCCUUCACUAACGGCACCAAGAACAGGAGGGUCCGUACAGGCGGCAUCGCCCUGGUCCUGUCAGGUUUUCUUGCUCUGCUGGCUUUGGCAAUUUACACCGGAGUGACUGUCACUUUCUUUGGCAAACGCUUCGUGGACUGGCGCUUCUCGUGGUCCUACAUCAUCUGCUGGGUGGCCAUCAUUUUGGCUUUUGCAGCAGGUGUGUUUCAGCUCUGUGCUUACCAGCGGACCACUGCAGAACCGGCUCCUUCAAACAACCCGGAGAGCUGA